GCGGAAUUAGAAAUCGGAGCGUCAAAUUUCCCAAUCCCUAUCGCUUCCCUUCUCUCCUUGGAAAGGAUUGAUCUUUGUUCGCCAUGUCCGUCCCGGCGAUCGCCCUCACCGUCUGCUCCACCGCUCACAAUUCCUGCCAGAUCGCCGCUUCCGCUGACUUCGAUCUCAACCCCCGCGCCAGCUCCGUUGCUCCCUCGUCGUCCGCCGCCGCCGCCGCCGCCGCCGCCGCGGGCUCCCACAAACCGAUCGUCGGUGGUCUGUCCCGCAUCUUUUCGGCCUCCGCCGGCUCGCACGCCGCUGAUCUCGGUUCCUUUCGGCAUGAUAGGUCCGACGAGCUCGGGAGCUCGUAUACCUACUCGCCGUCGCCGUUCAAGUGCCGAGAGCCUAGCCCCGUGACUGUGUUCCGCGGCCCGGCGUCGUGCAGCGGGAGUGGAUCGUCCAAGAGCCCUCCUUUCGUGAGGACUCCUCGGGAGUGGAUGGGGGGCGAUCGGAGAACCGGGAAAGAUAGGCCUUUUAAGGGGUUUACUCGGAACGCGAUCAGUUCCUGCCUGGAUUAUGCUUCUCCCGACUUCAUAUCCUCGAGUAGAAACACAGUCGAUGUUGAAGAGUUGCCGUUCGGUUUGGAUACUAGUGUGAUCGAUUCACCGAACUACGACCCAUACGCCAUGGAAUUGCUUGCCGGUGCUCAGUCAAGACACAAAAUUUUCUGCGAGGAGAUCAUCAUCAAGGCCUUUUAUGAAGCCGAGAGAGCUCACAGGGGUCAGAUGAGAGCGAGUGGAGACCCUUACCUGAAGCACUGUGUUGAGACAGCAGUUUUAUUGGCGAAGAUUGGAGCUAAUACUACAGUAGUUGCUGCAGGGCUUUUACAUGAUACCCUGGAUGACUCCUUUAUGGAUUAUGAUCAUAUUUUUCAUACAUUUGGAGCUGGCAUAGCAGAUCUGGUUGAAGGGGUUUCUAAGCUGAGCCACUUGAGCAAGCUUGCUCGUGAUAGCAAUACCGCUAGCAAAGCUAUUGAAGCUGAUCGUUUGCACACAAUGUUUCUGGCAAUGGCAGAUACGAGGGCAGUUCUCAUAAAGCUAGCAGAUAGGCUUCAUAACAUGAUCACAUUGGAAGCAUUGCCUGCUGUUAAACAACAGAGGUUUGCAAAGGAGACUCUGGAGAUCUUUGCUCCGUUGGCCAGUAGGUUGGGAAUCUCAACUUGGAAGGAACAUUUAGAGAAUUUGAGUUUCAGACACCUUCAUCCAGAGAAGCACAGAGAUUUGUCUUUGCAGCUUAUGAGAUCCUCUGAUGAAGCACUGGUUGCGUCUGCGUCCCAGGAAUUAGGGAAAGCUUUAACAGAUGAAGGUGUUACUUACCAUGUUCUGUGUGGAAGGCAUAAGAGCUUGUAUAGCGUUUACUCCAAAAUGGUCAAGAAAAAGUUAAGCAUUGAUCAAAUCCAUGACAUUAAUGGCUUGCGUCUAAUCGUUGAGAAUAAGGAAGAUUGUCAUAAGGCUCUAAGCAUUGUUCGUAGACUAUGGCACGAAGUUACUGGGAGAUUCAAGGACUACAUAACCUGUCCUAAAUUUAAUGGGUAUCAAUCCUUGCACACAGUUGUAAUGACUGAAGGGAUGCUUCCUCUGGAAGUUCAGAUUCGAACUAAGGAGAUGCACUUGCAGGCUGAAUAUGGGAUUGCAGCCCAUUGGAGAUACAAGGAGGGUAACUCCAGCCACCCCUCAUUUGUACUUCAAAUGGUAGAAUGGGCAAGAUGGGUUCUUAGUUGGCAGUGCGAAACGCUAAAGAAGGAAGAAUGUGAAUCACUUGGGGACACAAAUUUAAGCACGCCAACAUGCCAAUUCCCUUCUCAUUCCGGCGACUGCCCUUAUGCCUUUUCGCAGAAGUGUGGCCACGAUGGACCCAUUUAUGCCAUAAUACUGGAAAAUGAAAAGAUGUCUGUUCAAGAGUUUCCAGCAGAUACUACUGUAUCAGACUUGAUGGAUCGAGGUGGUGAAGGUAGCCCUGGAGGAUCCCCUUGUAGCUUCCCUGUGAAUUUGGAAUUGAGGCCAAGACUGAACCACAAGCCAGUGACUGACCCGAGCCAGAAGCUAAAGAUGGGGGAUGUCGUGGAGUUGACCCCAGAACUCUCCGACGAGUCGUUGACUGAAUAUAGGGAAGAAAUCCAACGCAUGUAUGAACGAGGACUUGCGCUCUCUAGCAUGCAUGGUUGAGGAACCUAAUGAUUGCCCAAGCCCAGGACUUACAACUUCAACUCGCAAUGCGAGUUCUUAUCUCUGUAAAUACAGAUUGCCAGUGAUUAUAGGCAUAAGGAAUCUCAUUGUAUCAGCAUAGACUAAUUGUAACUUGCAAGUCUGCCAUUUGUUCUCGGCUACGAUCAUGCAAAUUGUUUGUUUCUGAUGUGUUUGAUGAUGUUUUGCUUUUUA